CAGUUUUGUAAAUAGUGUUCAUAGUUCAAUGUUCAAGGUGUUUUGACAUUGUGUGUGUUUGCGCAGACACACACACGUUUGCGCUCACACACUAUGUGUGUGUGUGCGCAAACACACACAGAGUUGUUCAAUUUGUUUUGUUUUCAAAAUAAAUGUUAUAUAAUAAAUUGAGGAAGAAAGGGAGGGAGGGAGUGGGGGAGAGUAUAAUAUACAUAUAUCAUAUACAAUACCAAACAUGCUUUUUCUUCCUUUUCCCAGAAUGGCACUCAGGAAACUCCUGAAUUCACAGGCAGCCUCCCCAUAUGGACGGCUCCCGCCCCUCCACAUCACAUUUUUAAAUGUGGCUGACACCCCAAGGGUUGUGGCUUGGGCUUUUGAUGGGUCUUCGGCAAGCCCAACAUGCACAAAAAAUAACAAAACAGCCAUCAUUAGUGAUGGAGAGUCCCUGGCAAAGGUCGUGCUGUUUGAGGCUGUGGCGGGAAGAGUGGCAGAGGGGCAGGCCUACUACAUGCGGGGCCACACCCUGAUGGGGACAGCCCCACCCUUCACAAUAAAUGUUGGGACUGGGACACAGUUCUUCCGGGGCGGGCAAAUUCACUGCCCUGCUGAACUUGUGGCAAGAGCUGAGGCCCUGCUGCACCCAGCCUCGCCACUGAUAGCACUCCAUCAGUGCCGGGAGCAGCAGGGCCUGAUGUCUGUGGAGGGAGUGAUUGUCGAGGUUAGUAUUAGCCUCUACGGUGCAGCCAUGGAUCUGGGAAAUUAAAAACAAUAAAAAAAUUGCAUUCUCAAAUAUAUAAAUAACUAAAUACAGAAUUUCCUCUGGUUUAGAUGUCUGCUGUCAUGAAAAUGGCGUUGAGGAAAGAGGCUACGCCUCUUAGGAAGCUUCUCCUGCAGCAGGUAACUGCAGCUGUGAAAAUUGUUUGUACAUAUGAGUCACUGAAAUAACCUGAAAAUGUAAUAAUACAUAAAAAUGUCUGUGUAUGUAUACAGUAUCUCACAAAAGUCAGUACACCCCUAAUUUUUCUGCCAAUAUUUCAUGAUAUCUUUUCAUGGGAUAACACAAAACGAUAUGACACUUUGAUACCAUGUUCAAUAGUCAGUGUACAGCUUGUGUAACAGUGUACAUUUACUGUCCCUUCAAAAUAACUGAACACAGAGCCAUUAAUGUGUACAACCAUGGCAACAAAAGUGAGUACACCAGUAAGUGAAAAUGUCCAUAUCAGGUCCAAAGUGUCAAUAUUUUCAGUGGCCACAAACACCGCCUUACCCCAUUAUGUCGGGGAGGUAAAAUAGCUAAAUGGGCCUGAUUUGGACAUUUUCACUUAGUGGUGUACUCACUUUUUUUGCCAGGGGUGUACACAUUAAUGGCUCUGUGUUGAGUUGUUUUGAGGGGACAGUGAAUUUACACUGUUACACAAGCUGUACACUGACUGCUGUACAUGGAAUCAAAGUGUCAUCUUUGUAGUGUUAUCCCAUGAAAAGAUAUAAUUAAAUAUAUGCAGAAAUGUGAGGGACGUACUCACUUUUGUGAGAUACUGCAUGCUUAAUAGCAUUUACAUAAUGUAUGAAUCAUGAUCACAUAACACUUGAAUUAAUGCAGGUGUGUCAUUGAUGCUGGUUUCUCACUUUACACAAAUGAGCCUGUCACUUUGAAUUCAUGUGAUUAGUUCACACUCAAUCGAUCGUUGAAUGAUGCUGAUUUAAGGCAGAUUCAUACAUACAUUGAUGUGACUAAAUCAGCAUGAUAUCAGAUUUUCACUUGGGGAUCAAUAAAGUUCCACUUAUCUUUCACAUUCAUUUUUGCUUACUUUUGCAAGAUACAUCUGCUCAGCCCCUCUGAUUUAAAUGAGACUCUGGUGUUUUUUAGAGUCGUACAAUAAAUACAAUCAUAGAAUCAUACAAUCAAUCAUACAAUCACAGUCAUAAAAUACAGGUGUUCCCUUACCUUUUACAGGACCAGUCCAACCUCAAGGUCUCCUUGUGGAGGGAGGCAGCCGUGGAGUCCCUGAUUGUGGGUGAGACUGUUCGGCUCACCCACAUGAAGCUCCAAAAUAACGAGUAUGGGAUCCAGGUGAACUCCACCCACUAUACAAAAAUUGAGGUAAUUUGUUGUUUUCAUUGUUUUCAAGUAAAUGCACUUCAUGAAAAAUAGGACUCCAUUUUUUUCUCUUAUCUUUACAGAAUCACAAUAAAUUAACUAGGUUUAAUAACUAUUUAAUUAAUCAAAAAAGGAUUUAAAGAUGACCACACACAGACAAAAUUGUUGGCACCCUUAUGUUAAAGAAAGACUAACCCACAUACAGUUGCACGAAAAAGUAUGGUCAUAGACUUCCGUAGAUCCAAAUUCCCUCAUAUAUAUAUAUAUAUAUAUAUAUAUAUAUAUAUAUAUACAUAUAUAUUUUUGCGUCCCUCCUGAGAGUUUUUAGCUGUGAUUUUGAUCAUUGUCCUUUUUGAGGACCACGGAUGACAAAAGACAAAAUACUGGACUAUUCUGAGGUGGUUUCCCAAGUUCUGAUCUAAAUACUAUUGAACGUCUGUGGAAGGAGCCGAAACAUGCAGUCUGGAGAUGACACCCUUCAAACCUGACACCACUGGAACAGUUUGCUCAAUAGGAGUGGACCUAAACACCUAUGGACAGGUGCACAGGUCUCUCUGAGAGUAACAGCAAUCACUUGAUUGCAGUAAUCGCCUCAAAAGGUUGUGCAACAUAGUAUAAAGUUAAAGUUACCAUCAAUUUUAUCCAUGCCAGUUUUGUUAAAAAAGUUUUCUUGAUUUUUAAGUGUGUUUAAAUGUGUCAGUUUCAUACAUUUACAUUUUAAAAAGUACUUCUGUUAAACCAAAAUUCAAAUCCAAUGUCACAAUUUCAAUAGUUAAUUUUCUGUUUAUUAUAUUUCAUUCUUACUUCUGUUCAUUUCAAGUCAUUUCUGUGAGCUUUGUUGCUUUAGUUUUCUUUAACAGAAAGGUACCAACAAUUUUGUCUGCCUGUGUAUAGCCAUCUCAUUGAGGGGCACUGAAUUAAUGGCAGGGACGAUUUCUGUGGGUGGAAGUUUUGUAUUGACACUUUUGUACCCUCAGGAUGGGCAGGGCUUCAGGACAAUAAUACUCACAAUGUACCCUUCCUGGCCCUUUAGAUUUUCCUCCCUCUAAAGUCCCUCGUGGCUGUUAAAAGCCACUUUUUCUUUCGGCUGUAAAUUCAUAUUGGAUUAAUAUUUUUUUCAGAUUUUUUUUCACAGAUCUCUUAUUUUACUUCUGCCCUGUUCGAAACUAGCAAAUGUUUCAUUGAAAACAAUUUUUUUUAACCCUUUAGGUGCCAAUUUAAGACAAAAAGUCACAAAUGUAGCAAAAAUUGAAGGAAAAUGACCCAUUUUUUUAAUAAAACAUGAUCAGAAACUGGUAAUCUCUUGCAGGGUAUUAAAGUCUUGAAUAUGUCAGAGAUAAGUAAUAUAAUUUACUUAUAAGCAUUUUCAGUUUUUCUGUAGCAUCAGAUUUAAUGAAAAACUGCCUUUGGCGCCUCCCAGUGGCCAAAACUACUUUUUCUGCUGUAAAAUCAUAUUGGAUUAAUAUUUUUUUCAGAUUUUUUCUCAUACAUUUCUUAUUUUACUUCUGCCCUGUUCAAAACUAGCAAAUGUUUCAUUAAAAAUAAAAAUGUUUACCCUUUAAGGGCCAAUUUAAGACAUAAGUCUCUUAUGAAGCAAAAAAUGACCUCUUUGCUUCAUAAGAGACUUUAUGUCUUAAAUUGGCCCUUAAAGGGUUAAAUUUUUAUUUUCAAUGAAACAUUUGCUAGUUUUGAACAGUGUAGAAGUAAAAUAAGAGAUGUAUGAAAAAAAAAUCUGAAAAAAAUAUCAAUCCAAUAUGAUUUUACAGCAGACAAAGUAGUUUUUGCCACUGGGAGGCGCCAAAGGCAGUUUUUCAUUAAAUCUGAUGCUACAGAAAAACUGAAAAUGCAUGUAAGUAAAUUAUAUUACUAAUCUCUGACAUAUUCAAGACUUUAAUACCCUGCAAGAGAUUACCAGUUUCUGAUCAUGUUUUAUUAAAAAAAUGGGUCAUUUUCCUUCAAUUUUUGCUAAAUUUGUGACUUUUUGUCUUAAAUUGGCAAUUAAAGGGUUAAAAAAAUUGUUUUCAAUAAAACAAUUGCUAGUUUCGAACAGGGCAGAAGUAAAAUAAGAGAUUUGUGAAAAAAAAUCUGAAAAAAAUAUUAAUCCAAUAUGAAUUUACAGCCGACAAAACAAGUGGCUUUUAACAGCCACAAGGGACUUUAAAGGAAGUUUUCCUGUCCUGGCUUUAUUAUUGACCUGGUGAAAAAUUUGAAUUCAUGUUUUCAAAUAAAAUGUCAAAUUAAGCUUAGAAAAAAAAAUUUCAUCACAUUUGCUGCUGUAAGACAAAAGUUAUAUCCAAAUUAGUCUCUAGUUUUAUCAUCAAAUGGCUGUUAAAAGCCCGAAGAUCCCGGAAGGGUUAAGAAAUACUGGGCCAUUGUUACAGAAAACACAACUUAUUCCAAAUAAUCUUCUUCCUUACCUGUGUUUGCUUAAUUUGUCUACAGAGGCAGCAGGCGAGCCAGCACCUCAUUAUUGUUGGUGUCCUCACGGAGGGAGGGGCCACAUCCGGCCCCCAAGAGGCAACUUACGAGGUGCUUCUGGAGGGUGGGGAGACUCUCCAUAUUUCAAAGGCCUUGUGGGAGCCAUCUUAUGAUGAGGCCUUACAGGAGGGCCCCCUCAAAGCAAAAGCCACUGUGAAGGGCAAAAACAUCACAGCAAUUUCAGCUUUGUAAAUAGUGUCCAUAGUUUCAUGUUCAAUGUGUUUCUACGUUUAAAAUAUUUUUUCAUGCAUUUCUGUCUCACACACGCGCACAUACACACACACACACACACACACACACACACA